AAUUGAUUUUGUAAAAUGAAAAUGUACCAUAAGUCAAAUUAGAAGAAAAAAAAACUUGUGAUUGAACUUCAACUUCAUUUUGUUGUGAGGUAUUAUUAGUUAUUUUUAAAACUUAUUUUAAUAGUUCUUGACUAUUCUAUCAGUCGUGGAAGAGGGAACCCUCUCUGUUGCUCUUCCUGGCGAUUUGGCCUAAUUCGCCCAUUAAAGAGCCCUAAAAACAGAUGGCGUGGUACAUUAUAUAGAUUGUACAACCGUGCGAGGAAAAUAGGCCAUAUAAAUAAAUUAACUAUUUUUUCCAUCAACAAUGUAGCAAUUGACUCAAACAAACUAAGAAGAUGACUGAAGCUUCCACUAAGGACACAAAUAGGCAAAGCUUGUUAGGGCUGAAAUGAUUGGUAACUUCAUUGAUUAGUAAUGUGAGGAUUUUCUCUUUUUCAUCUAACGAAGAGAAAGGAUUAGCAGAAGACGCCCGUCCCGUCGAGUGUCUCUAUUAAUACCAGCAAAGCAGGCCGCAGAUCCUCUUAGUGCCUGACACACACAAACAGACACACACACACACACACACACACACAGACGGCAGCACCGGGGGAUUCUUUCAGAGGAAUGUUUACUCUCCGUGGACACAGACUGUGAAUGGACUCGGUAAAGCAAACUAAACCCAACUGAACACCAUCUUGACUUGUGGUCAUUGUUACUCUGAGUUGCCACGGUGACAGGCGAGCUGGAGGCCAGCAGGCUGUUGCCUAUAGCAGACAUGACUGCAGGACUGCGCAGGAGCCAGAAUCUCUGGCUGUUGGUCCUUGAGGUCUGACCGCGGACACAGUCCAGGCAUGGAGGAAGUAUUCAGAUCGUUUACUUCCAGUUCCACAUGUGGGAGCGGGGAGGACUCGUUGGACCGGCUCCUGCCCCCCACCGGGACCCCUCGCAGGAAGAGCACCACCUCGCUGAGUAAAACCGAGCCUCCUCUGCUCCGCACGGGCACGCGCACCGUCUACACCGCCGGCCGACCUCCCUGGUAUGACGAGCACGGAGCGCAGCCCAAAGAGGCCUUCGUCAUCGGCUUGUGUGGGGGCAGCGCCUCGGGGAAGACCACCGUGGCCAAUCGGAUCAUCGAGGCUCUGGAUGUGCCGUGGGUUGUGCUCUUGUCUAUGGAUUCCUUCUACAAGGUUUUGUCCCCGGAGCAGCAGACUUUGGCAGCGAGUAACGAUUACAACUUUGACCAUCCGGGGGCUUUUGACCUUGAGCUGCUGGUCGCCACCCUGAGGAGGCUGAAGCAGGGAAAGAGUGUGAAGAUCCCGGUGUAUGAUUUCACUACGCACGGGAGGCAGAAAGACUGGAAAAAUGUGUACGGUGCCAGUGUAAUAAUAUUUGAAGGAAUUAUGUCUUUUGCGGACCAAGAGCUUCUCCAGCUCCUGGAUAUGAAGAUCUUUGUGGACCACUGACUCAGACGUCCGGCUGUCCGCCGGCUGCGCAGGGACGUCACGGAGCGCGGGAGGGACAUCGACGGCGUCAUCAAGCAAUACAACAAGUUUGUGAAGCCGGCCUUUGAACAGUACAUCGAGCCGACCAUGAGGCUGGCUGACAUCGUGGUGCCGAGAGGUGGGGGGAACAUGGUGGCCAUCGACCUGAUAGUGCAGCACGUCCACAGCCAGCUGGAGGAGCGUGAGCUCAGUGUCAGGGCGCUGCUGGCCUCCGCUCAGCAGAGUCAGACGCUGCCGCGGACGCUCAGCGUGCUGGAGCGCACGCCGCAGGUCAAAGGCCUGCACACCAUCAUCAGGAAUAAAGGAACCAGUCGAGACGAGUUCAUCUUCUACUCAAAGAGGUUGAUGCGGCUUCUCAUAGAACACGCGCUGACGUUUCUACCGUCUCAGUCGUGUGUGGUCCAGACUCCCCAGGGCUGUGAGUACGAGGGCCGCAGCUACAAAGGGAAGGGGAUCACGGGUGUGUCCGUGCUGCGGGCGGGGGAGACGAUGGAGCCCGCCCUGAGGGCCGUGUGCAAGGACGUCCGCAUCGGCAAGAUCCUCAUCCAGACCAACCUGGACUCGGGCGAACCAGAGCUGCAUUACCUGCGUCUGCCCAAAGACAUCAGCGAGGAUCAUGUCAUCCUAAUGGACAGCACCGUCUCCACCGGCGCUGCCGCCAUGAUGGCAGUGCGAGUCCUACUGGACCACGAGGUGCAGGAGGAAAAGAUUGCGUUGGUGUCGCUGCUGAUGGCCGAGCUCGGGGUGCACUCUGUGGCCUACGCCUUCCCGAAGGUCAAAAUCAUCACCACUGCAGUGGACCGGAGUCUGGACGAUUUGUUACACGUGAUUCCCGGUAUCGGGGACUUUGGAGACCGGUACUUCGGGACGGACACGUCCCUCAGCUGGAGCGACGGGGACGGGGAGCAGCCGUCGCUCUGACGCGCGCGUCCGUGAGAGGAAAUCCAAGCGCCACUUGAAAACACCCCCGUUGUCGUGCAUUCUGUCCUUCAGUCAGUUUCCCUCAUUAUCAAACAGCAGGUCAGAAUCCAGAUGUGUCGAGCAAACCGCUCCUGCAAGCAGCGUUGGUUUGGAGAUCCAGCCGCCUUCACCCGCCAGUCAAACUAAUCUCUAUACGUUUUUAUGGGGCAACCCAUUUUAUUUUGAUGAUUUAUUAAUCUUUGACAAGAUACAAAGACUUUCUGUCCUAUAUAGACAAACCACAACAUAAACCAUGUGAUAGCUAACUGUCUCUGAUGUGGUUCAUAUUGUACACGUCGAGCUAGAAGAUUUCCAGGAUCAGUAAAAAAAAAGUCACAACACAACUUGAGAAA